AUGUUCGUCAAUUGGGCACUACGUUCGGUAAGGGAUUCACUGAUCCAAGUGGAUCCUCUAGCAGCAGCAAUCGCAUAUAAAGGUCAGCGUAAAGCAAUCCCGACUUCGGCCAUUUCACAAACUCCACUGCUGCUGCAGUUCGCGCCGUUUGGCACUGCAACACUUGAUACUUGCUUGCCUGGAAGACGGAACGCAGUUGAAUGCAUUGACGACUAUCGAGGACAGUGA